UUUUUUAAUUGUAAACAAUUUGUUUGUCUUGUUCAAUUUUAAUCAUUUUGUCAGUUGAUGAUUUAAAGGUUUCUUCUUUUAUUUUUUACAUACGAGUGUUAAUUGUUCUUCUUUAGUCUUUGUAGAAUAAAAAUUUGUUGGUGUUAAUUGGAAAAAUAAUGGAAGGUAAAAGUGACAAGCCUCGGAAAAAGGAUACAAGUGGUAGACCAAGAAUAGCAACAUUGGGAUCAUUGAAUCAACAGCAACAGCAACAAUCAAGUAGCGAUGAUGAGGGUCAAGCUUUUUAUGUUGGUGGAUCGGAGAAAUCAGGUCAACAGGUUUUAGGUCCAAACAGAGAUAAAGCUGAUCCCAAUGAGGUGAUUAAAAAUGUAUUCCGAGCAGCCCGAGAACAGGGAGCUCAACCAGUAGAACCAGAAAGUCCUGAACCAUCAAGGAAAUUUACUGCUUUCAAAGGAAAGGGUAAAAAGCUUGAUGAUGAAGAGCAAGGUGAAGAUCAGGCUGCUGGUGGAGAAUCGUCUUCCAGCCCUGAAUUUGGGCAGAAAAGGUUGAGCAUGGCAUUGAAAAUGUGGAUAAAUGGUUUCAGUGUUGAUGAUGGGCCUCUUCGUACUUUCAAUGAUCCACAGAAUCGUGAAUUCUUGGAGUCAAUUUCUCGAGGUGAGGUACCUAAGGAAUUAGUUCGGACCGCUCGUGGUGGUGAAGUUAAUCUAAUCAUGGAAGAUCAUCGAACGGAAGAAUAUGUUGAACCCAAGCGAAAGGUAAAAGCUUUCGCUGGGGAAGGUCAUCGAUUAGGUAAUGUCACACCUGAAACAAUCGGUGCUCAUGGUUCUAGUUUACAAGAUUCUGGUGACAAUAAGGUCAAUGAAGAUGAAGCCAAGAAACGAUUGAAAACUGAUGAAUCAAAGCCAACAACCAAUAUUCAAAUUAGAUUAUCAGAUGGAUCAAGAAUUGUGGUAAAAGUUAAUUUGGAUCACACUAUUCAAGAUAUUCGUAGUUAUAUUUGCGAUGCUCGUCCAGCUUAUGGUCCUCUUCCUUUCAUUUUGAUGACCAAUUUUCCAACUAAACAAUUAACAGACGAGACACAAACUGUUGGUGAUGCAAAUCUUAAAAAUGCUACCUUAACACAGAAAUUGGUUUAAUCAACUUAGAAAUUAAAUCGUAACACUAAUUACAAUUACAAUAACAAAGAAAAAGAAACACCAAGAAAAUCAACAUUCUCACAAUUUUUCCAAUCGACUUUUCCUUUUUCUUUUAUAAACAACAACUACAACUACAACAACUCAGCUUCUAAUCAACACACUGAAUAUUGAUCAUUGAGUCAACCACAACAACAACAAUUAACAACGAAUCUUCGAUUAAAAUGUUUUAAUAAUCAAAGAAA